AUGGAGAAUCCUCAGAAAAGAAUUGCUGGUGAAUCCCAACUUCCAGAAGAAAUCAUUCAACACAUUCAAUCUCUUCUGCAUGAAGAAGAAGAAGCUGCUCGAACCUCUCUCCUAUCCAAGUCCUGGCACGGCGCGUGGUGCACGCGCCCCAACCUCAGUUUCGAUCAAUACAUGUUCUGGAAUCGCGUGGAUGAGUUUCCCGUAUUCACGAAGAAGACUAUGCGGAGGUAUGAAGAUUUGAACCUAAAGAUUAAGAGUUUCAGGCUGACGAUGAUGGAGGAAUAUGAAGAUCAUUCUCUGGCUAGAGAAUUGAUUUUGAAAGCCAUCGAAUUGGGGGCUACUGAUCUCACCAUUGAAAUACCGAGCUUGGAUGGUAUUGUGCUUGAAUCCGAAACCCUAGCUAGGUUAUCUGUUUUUGGAAGCAUAGCAAGACCGCUUCACUUUGACGUCGGCGCGAUUACGAAACUGCACAAGCUCGAGUAUUUGCGAUUGGAGGGUUUGGAUAUUAAACAUAGUUUAUCUAAAAACGAGUUGUGGCCUCAAUUUCGUUGUCUCAAAGAUUUGGUGAUCGUGGAUUACAACUCCGACUAUGAUUGGGACGAUGUAAGAAUUUGCAGCCCGUCACUUGAGCGCGUAAUCAUACUCUUCCAUGAGUGUAGAAACGUCAGUGCAGAGUUUGAUGUUCCAAAUAUUCGAUACUUCAAGUUCGAGGGUCAUGAAAUGCCGCGCCUCAAGUUCAAAGCAAUAGGUAGUAGGGAAUGGGAGUCGGAUAUACACAUACGUUUCUCGCCCUACAUGGCUAGCACUGCGUGGUUGUCUUCGUUGAACCAGUUUGUGAAGAUGUUGAGCUCAUCCCGAGUUUCUCUCUUCAUGUGGUGGGAUUUGCUAGAUGAUGGACAUGCUUUAUCUAUGCCUGUGGUGGAUAAUUUGAGGCCAGAAAUGCCAUUUUUGGAUGCUUUACUUUGGAGUUGUCGACCCAACUUCGUAAACGUUCAAAGACGUUUCUAUGGAGAUAGUGAAGGUGGAAGUGUUGAGACAAUUGAAGAUGGAGUCAUUCUUAGAUGGUGCAAGGGAUCCUAGGGAACUUCUUCACUUCCAACUGAUCAUGGAGCUUUCUGCACCCUAAUCACUUCCUACAUUAUUAGGUUAGACUUAUUUUUCUGUGCGUGGUUUGAGUACUCUAUGACACAGUCUUUAAAUUUCUUUAUUUACUUAUGUAAUUUAUAUAUAAAAAAAAAAGUUAGACUUAUUCUUUUUAACUAGAUAA